GGCGUCGAUGGCUAGGCAUUGGACCAAUCGGAGCGAAUUGUAGGCAUUUGGAAGGGAACGGUGACAUGAGAUCAGCGCUAAAGAAAGAAAAAUCCCCAAAUGAACGGCGUUUGUAAAGGAAACAUCGGAAAGAGAGAAAGAGAAUUGCGCUAGUUGAUUGGUCGAGAAGAAAUACGCGUUGUCGGAUGUGGUAGGGGUGCUCGCGUGAGAGAGAGAGAGAGAGAGAGAGAGAGAGAGAGUCGCCUCGGUGUUGGCGUCAGCACGCACAAACGGUUCAAUCUGUGCGCUAACGAACACCAUCCUUGCGGUUGCAACGGUACAAGUUUCGUUUCGCCGUGCUUUCGCCGUGAUAAAAGGCUUGAAAAAGCUCAAUAAGAUCAUAGUCAUUGGAAUAUAAGAACGGAAUAAAGAAGAAAAGGAAGAGGAAGAAGCAGCAAAUAUGUCGACGAAAUCAAGUAAGAAGGCGUCUGGGACGUCUAUGUCUUCUAAUACGAGCAACAUUCAAACACCACCGCCACCACCACCUCAUUCAUCCACGCCUAUCGGUGGCCAAAGACCUGGUAGUCCACUAAGUCCUACCCGUUAUUCACGAUUACAAGAAAAGCAAGAUUUACAAAACCUGAACAAUCGGCUCGCGUGUUAUAUUGACAAGGUGCGGCAUCUCGAAGCCGAAAAUUCAAGACUCACGCGGGAAGUGCAUACUACGCAGGAAACAACUACACGCGAGGUUUCCAAUAUUAAGUCUAUGUAUGAGCAGGAAUUGUCCGAUACUAGAAAAUUGUUAGAUGAUACUGCCAAGGAACGAGCUAAACUUGAGAUUGAUACUAAACGAUUAUGGGAUACCAACGAGGAACUUAAAAAUAAAUUGGAGAAAAAGACAAAGGAUUUGCAAAUAGCCGAAAGAAAUUUAAGUUUGUACGAAGCGAGAAUCAACGAUUUGACAUCUCAAUUAACUCAAAGUCAAACCGAACGUAAAAAAAUUACGGAUAAGGAUAGAGAAUUGGAAAAGGAGAACGAACGUUUGAACGCAGCUCUGAACGAUACGCGUCAUCAUCUGGAGGAAGAAACGUUACAGCGUAUAGAUCUUGAAAAUCAUAUUCAAAGUCUUAAAGAAGAUAUAAGCUUCAAAGAUCAAGUUUAUCAGCAAGAACUUACCGAAACACGUUCAAGGCGACAGGUUGAAAUCUCCGAGAUAGAUGGAAGAUUGGCCGAACAAUAUGAAGCUAAAUUACAACAAUCAUUGCAAGAAUUGCGUGACCAAUAUGAGGCACAAAUGCGAGCCAAUCGUGAGGAGAUUGAAAUGUUGUAUGAAAACAAGAUUAAAAACUUGACUUCUCAUGCUCAACGUAAUAGCGAUGCAGCUAGUACAGCUAUCGAGGAAUUGAGACAAACGCGAUCAGGAAUUGAUACUUUCAAGCAAAGGAUCAACGAGCUUGAGGCCUCUACCAAUGCUUUGAACGCGAGAAUUCGGGACUUGGAAAGUCUUAGGGAGAACGAACGUAUGCGACAUGCUGAAAGUAUAGCUAAUUACGAAACAGAAUUAGCUCGCAUGAGAGAUGAAAUGGCUCAACAAUUACAAGAGUAUCAAGAUUUAAUGGAUAUAAAGGUUGCUCUAGACUUGGAAAUUGCUGCAUAUCGUAAAUUGUUAGAGUCUGAGGAAGCUAGGUUGAAUAUAACACCAGCGACCCAAUGUAGUACAAGUAACAUGACACAGAGUAGCAGAAGUACUCCAGCAAGACAAACACCUCUGAGGGGAAAGAGAAAGAGAACUUUACUUGAGGAAAGCGAAGAACGCAGUAGUAGUGACUAUAGUAUCAGUGGUACGGCAAGGGGCGACAUUGAAAUUACAGAAGCUGAUCCUCAUGGUCGAUAUGUCAAACUUACUAACAAGGGUAACAAAGAAAUUGGACUUAGCGGUUGGCAAAUUAUUCGCAAGGCUGGCACUCUAGAAACAGUCUUUAAAUUCCAUCGAACUGCAAAACUCGACUCAGGUGCAAGUGUAUCUGUAUGGUCAGCUGAUAUCGGUGCGACCCAUGAACCACCAUCCAAUAUCGUUAUGAAGGGUCAAAAAUGGUUCAUUGCAGAAAAUAUGACUACAAUUUUGCUAAACAAUGACUCAGAGGAAAUGGCAACAUCUGAACGAAAAAGGCAACAGUUGUCCACAUCUGUGUCACGACAUAGAGAAAGUUUAGGAUUCCGACCUUCGGAAGAUCUCCAUUACCAGCAGAGAAGAUAUCUCUACCCAUAUUAAGUGCCUGGGCACAUGAACUCUGAUGGGCAUCUUAUGGUGAUGCACCGGGUGGUCCCGAACGUUGUCGCCUUAUGUAAACAUAAUAAAAUUACAUUUAUUAGAAAUAAGCAUCUUUAUUAUGACAUGGUUUCUUCAAAUGCUUAUAUAUAAAAUAUCGAUAUUUUAUGCCACGAGCAGUAUAUAAAAUAUCAACGAUUAUAAUAUUAACACACAGAUAAAACAAAUAAUAAAAAAAAGUAAGACUACGUCGAAAAUACAUAUAAUACCUAGGGCUCGACACAUUUGUAAGCUGACUAUCGUUUCAGAAUACACAGGAUUAAAUGAAAUAAUACAUAGGAAAAAACAAUAUCUAGCUAAAAUUAAAAAAAUGAGAGACAUUGUAUGGUA